CAGUUUUUAGUGAUCAAUCCCUGUAUAUUUAAUAGUGUAACAUUUAAAAAAGUCUUCUACCCGUUAUCCUAACUCGAAACACGGCCCUGUGGAGUUUGCGACGAUUCGCUGGUAGAAUGUGUGUCACUAGUUGAAUCACGGUUUGCACGAAAGUCACGCUGAUGGCGUGAAGUAGAUCUAUUUGUACUACGUAGUGUGUUAUUUGUUUUACUACUUUGUCGUGACUCCCGUGCGUUGCCUGUAGCAACCGAAGAUGUGUUAGUACGCCCAGGAGUGUUCACUGGUGCAUUUGAAACAUAUAUGGACUGUUGUGUAAAUGGACGUACAUGUGGAUUAACAUUCCUGGAGAGAGUAUCUGGAUUUGAAGUUGAGGCUAUCACAGGUCCAUUUCCUGAAACAUUCUGUGUUGCAGACAAAUUGACAGGCUUUACAGCUUUUGGUUGUACUGCAGUUUGCGAGGAGGGCAGAGGACCCAAAACAUGAGCAUUGGACUUUGUUACAGCAUCAGCGUAUGUAUGUGCAUGCGUUGUGUGUAAAGAUUGUAUUGUACUGGGAUCGGAUGUUGAAAUAUUUUCACCAGUACGUACACUUUGAGAAGAGUCACUAUACGUAUCAUGUACUGGAAAAUUAUUUACAACAACGUUAUUUCUUGGACGUAUGUGUUCAAAAGACAGGUUCCGUUUCAUGUGCACUAUAUCAUUCCACUGUAGGAACUCAUCAGCCACCACUUGACCAUUCACAAUCAGCUUUGCCGGAUAUACAAUGGAAGCACGAGUUUGAGGGGUUUUCAAAGCGUCUUUUUAACUUUUCCAUAAUCGUUUACGGGAUUCAACAAUUUCUAAUGGGAAGUCUCUGUGAAUCGCGUGUGGUGAAUUUUUACAUUUGUAAACAUUGUUCAUAACAUACUGAUCAUCAGCAUAGCUUCCAAAACAUACAAUAAUAGAUCGACGAACAUAACGACCCUGUGGUGUGCCUAACCAAUGCGAACGUUCAAUUGGGAGCAUCGUAGAUGUGUCUAAUUCGAGUUGCUCUUCCAGGAAUCUACAGACUAUAUCAGAACAACUAUCACGACUUCCAGAGCAAAACCCGGUGAAUAUUAGAUUGUUACGACGGGAACGAGCCUCUAGAUCUAUCUGUUUGCAAUAUACAAUGGCAGAGAACGUCACUGACGUGUAUGACGGUACGGACUACGUGGAGAAUGUUACGGACUGCUUACCGGAAACACAAGCUGAGGGAAUGCCGGUGUCUGAAAUAAUAACAGUAGCCAUUACCUCGAUUCUAGGGAUAACAGGCAUUGUCUUCAACAUUUUUAUCCUAGUGCUUACUUUUAAGCGGAAGUUGAUCAAGAAAGACUAUCGAAUGUUGUACUACAUGUUCAUCACGCUUGGAGACCUGUUCUUUGCCAUCAAUUGUCUCUUUGUCGGUAUCAAUAUAGCAUUCAAGGACGUGUAUGUGUUCAAAGUAUUUGGGGUAUGUUUGACAUUAAUGUUGGUGCUGGGUGUGGUCGCCUACGAAUGGUCAGCUAUAUGUAUCAUUCUUCUGAUUAUAGACCUUGUAUGGACAAUCAAAAAUCCUUUCAGUGAUAACAAAAAAAUGAAGAUAUUCUCUAAGAUCGGGUGUAUUUGGACAUUUUUCAUAGGUAUAAUAAUUGCGAUAGGGCCCUUUCUGUACUGGAACGAGGCUAAGUUUGAGUUACCGUUCUGCUCUAUAGGAAACCUGUACGGUAAACAUCUAGCCGUCUAUCAGUACGAGGCCGUCAUUGUUCUCACCACCCUUGUAGCUAUCAUGAUUGUAGUGAGCAUGAUACUACUUUAUCAAGUUUACAAGUCGCAUGCUAUCAGUGAAGAAACGUACGAGCCAAGGACACCUACGAUGCCAGACGACAGCAAAAAGAGAAAACAAAACAAAGUUGGCGAUUCAGGCUCUGAAAAAAACGACCAGGAGGUUUCCACUAUCAGUACCACUCUAGUUUCUAAAAUGGAUAUCGUGUCUGAUGUUGAAGGUCACGUGAUUGAGACAAAUCAGUCAAAAACACACGGUGAAGUGAACAGCGCUUUUGUUGGUGAUAUUGGAGAUAUCGUUGAAGAACUGAGACAAGCAAAUGCCGAAAGACGGGAGGCAGAGAAAGAGAAGACCAAGAAGAUUGAAGUGGACAAUACAGCCUAUUAUACACGACGUGAGGUUCGGAGGAGGGAGUUUAACUCAGCAUGCAGGACUGUCGGUGUUUUUAUGGCGGCAUACUUAGGCUGUUGUAUGCCAUACCUGAUAUGGAAUGCACUUGGUCUUGCUUGUGGUAGCACAUGCAGCGACAAUGACCGACCGGAAACACGUGCAAUUCGAGCACUGGUUGCCACCGCAUUGUACCUUCUUCCGGUUAUAGAUCCGAUCUUGUACACCAGACGCUUCGAUGUAUUUAAAAAAGCUACCUUUGGAAUGUUGCUUAAAUUAUGUCCUUGUAAAAAGGAACGUCCUUCUACUUUACAAUAUUAGUAGAGAUAAAGUAAGUAUCCUCGCUUGAUAGAAGACAUUGUCACACCGCAUAACAUCGAGAUAUUCUGAUCAACAAAAUAGAGGACCAUUGCAUGUGGAAAAAAGGCGCACUUUCGUUGUUAGAUGUUACGGUAAUAUCCAAGCAAGAUGGGACUUAUCUUGUGACCAGAUGAAGCUUUGAACUAGACUAAGAGAUGUAAAUUAUAACAAAGUAUAAAUAAGAUACAUACAUGUAUAUUGUAGAUAAUGUGAUGUAAGGCUGUACAAUAUCACUUUAAGUUUAUUUUGUAUUUCUUAUUUGGUAUUGUGUAAUCGAGGCUAUUAAAUGAACGUUUCUUUCAAUAUUAUACAUGUAAUAUUCUAAAUAUCUUAGACAUAUUCAAUGAUAUUUGAGGCUCUUCUGAUGAAAAUGUGCUAUUUCAAUUCACCGUAUAGAAAUAAUUUGUUGGAUUUCACAAUUUAACACAUACUCGUGCCAGUUGGUAUUGCACGGCCCCUGCAUAUAUUUUGACGUGACGUCAUACCACAAACAUAUUGUUAGGACGCUAUAAAUGUUAGCGCUAUACUGUAAGCGCGAUAAUGAAAAAUGAUUCUUUUGCACUUAAUACAGUCUUUAUUUUGGAUAUACGAUAAAGAGAGUAGGUUCAUUAUUGAAUUCGUUGAAUUCCAAAAUAGAAACCAAGUCUCGCAUAAUGUAUAUUAUUCAACUCGUUUAAUAAAUUCAGUAUUGAACCAACACCCAUUUAAUACCCUCUAUAUAUUGCAG